CAGAAUCAUAUCUCAAUCUGAAGUACUUCAACUUGAGAGAAUAUGAUGGUAAUAGAUUAGUAACUGAUAAAGGUCUAUAUGCAAUCGCAAAUUCAUGUUAUAAAUUAGAAUAUCUGAAUAUUUCUAGUCGCAAAAAAUUUUCUGAAAUAGCGAUUUGGAAUGUUAUUCAUUCUUGUCUGAGGAUUCAAGAGUUCGUUAUUUAUGGAUGUAAAAUAUCUAAUACAACUAUCAAGGAAAUUGAAUUAUAUCUUAAAAUAAAAUAUAUUAAUCCAGUACAUAAGAAGCAAAUACCAGUUUAUUGCUCAAGUGUAACUCAUCUCGAAAUAUCAUACUAUUAUUCACUUUCAGAUAAAAAAAUCAUAAGCAUUGUACAUUCAUGCCCAAAUAUAACCCAUUUGAGUUUUAUAAAUAGCAUAGGAUUUAGUAAUAGAGCAUUAGAACUGAUAGUGAGUUCAUACCCAAAUCUGAAGUAUCUUAAUCUGUGUAAUGAUCAGUCAGGUGGCUUCAGGGGCUUUCGUGCUCGAGAAGUGGAUGAUGAAGGUUUAUCUGCAAUCGCAAAUUUAUGUUAUAAAUUAGAAUGUUUAAAUAUUUCUGAUCAUACAGAGUUUUUUGAAGUAUCAAUUUGUAAUGUUAUUCGUUCUUGCCUAAGGCUCUGGCAACUUGAUCUUUGCUUUUGUGAAAUUACUGAUAUAACUAUCGAAGAAAUUACUAGAUCGUGUCUUAAUUUAAAAUAUCUUAAGCUAGAGGGAGUAGUUAUAAAUCAUCUUACACAGAACAAUGUUGCUAGUAGACAGACUCUAGCACAGAGCCUUCAGAAUCUUUUAGAUCUAAAAAUUGGAGACUACUGGACUGAAAAACCGCCUAAGAGGAAUAUUCAUGUCAUAGUCUCUCCGCCAGAGUCCACCACCACUUCGAGUCGUGAACAGGAAUUACUCGAGCAAGUCACUUUGUUGCAGGCAUUACUCAACAAGUCCACACAUGACUUCGACGUCAUUGUUCACCCGAAACGGAAGCCAAAUAAGUGGACCGCAAAUAUCGAACAUGUGACUCUCGAAGGCCUCAAAGAAUAUAUACGUAAGAUGUAUCAACCACCCGCACUUGAAAAUGAUGGGGCAGAACUCAACUUCAUGAAUGAUGGAGAUAAAUAUUCACCUCGGAACGAUCAAGACCUUCGUGAAAUCCUCCGCAUAUUCGUGUCAAAUAAAAAUCUCAACAAUGACCCGAAUCCCGACAUUGACGUGUUCUCUCCCUUUUCAUGUGGUUCUGCAGACAUAAAUAGUGAUAAGUCUAAAGCCAUGAUUAAGCACCUAAUGGCGGAAAUAAAACUUCGUCAAGAUGUUACUCCUCUCAACAAGGCAAAUGAGGCAACGAAAA